AUGAUACCCCAUUGCUACCGGUCUGUCGCUGCUGCGCUGCUAUUACUGUCUCACAGUAUCAGCACAUCCUUUGCUUUUAAGUUCACUCCUACUGGUCAGACUGUUCAGUUGGACGGAGCAUCCUAUUAUAUCCCUCCUGAUGUCAUAACAACAAUCAGCAUCUCGAAGCCACUGAGAAAGGCUUUGGACAGCGCUGGCGGACUACUUCCCUUUACUGUUGUUCAAGCCUCCUCGCUUGGAUAUGGCGAACAGGACUUUAGCCACGACAUUGCUUCUUAUAUUUCUACAGAUGACGUCUUCAGCAAAGGAUUCUUGGAAGCAGUCUAUGUGCAAUAUUCGAAUGGAUCAGGCCGCAGGUAUCCAGGAUUCUCGGCACCAAAAUUGUCUGGAAACAACAGUGUGAACGUCGUGUCUACUGGAUUUGCCUCUAACACCUCGUUCAUCCCCGUUGGCCCCUACUUUGUGACUUCUACUGGUGCUGUUCACGAAGCAUGGAGACUAUUCAGCGAUGUUCAGGGCGCGUUCUUGGAAACCACGAUCGCCAACAAAGACGGAACCUUUUCCGUGUUGCCUGCCAACGUUGAAGGCCAGUCUCUGGCGAUUGCGGUGCCCUCUCGCCUAUAUUUCACCAAGACCGAUGCAAAACCACUUGCAGGUGUCCGUCUGGGCGUUAAGGAUAUCUAUGAUAUCGCUGGUUUGAGAACGUCCAACGGCAACAGAGCAUGGUACCACUUCUACCCACCAGCAAAUAAAACAGCCCUCAGUGUCCAGCGCCUCAUUGAUGCUGGUGCUGUAAUCGUCGGUAAGAUGAAGACCUCACAAUUUGCAAACGGAGAGGUUGCGACUGCAGAUUGGGUCGAUUAUCACGAGCCUUUCAACCCUCGUGGUGAUGGCUAUCAAGACACCUCGUCGUCUUCCAGCGGACCUGGUGCAGGUGCUGCUGCAUACGACUGGUUGGAUCUGACAUUGGGCUCGGACACCGGCGGUAGCAUCAGAAACCCUUCUCAAGUGCAAGGGCUUUUCGGUAAUAGACCUUCUUGGGGAAUGGUUUCUCUCGAAGGAGUCAUGCCUAUGGCUCCUCAGCUCGAUACUGCUGGCUUCUUGACCAGACAUCCUGAUAUCUGGAUCGCUGCUUCAGAAGUGCUGUAUGGUGAUAAUGUUACUCUUUCACACACCUAUCCUUCAAAAAUCCAGACGAUAGGCUGGCCUACAACCAAUAAUUCGGAAGCAAACGGCUUGCUUCUUUCAUUCUUGGACAAGAUCACCACUCAUCUCAAUGCCACCACCACAAGUCUCAAUUUGACUCAGCAAUGGAUGGAGAUGAAUCCCGCGAACGUGACAUCCUCACUAGUCGACCUAAUGAACCUCACCUACCCGAUCCUCAUCGGUCAACAAACAACUUCAGUUCGCGACCCCUUCUACGCCGACUACUCAGCCGCAAACUCAGGGCGUCUCCCCUUCGUGAACCCCGUACCACUAGCGCGCUGGGGUUGGGCCGCUUCUUUCCCUCCAUCCACCAUCGACGACGCAAUAACCAACAAGACAACCUUUGGCAACUGGAUCGAAGACAAUGUGUUCGUCACUGACGAGAAGACCUGCAGCGAUAGCCUAGGCCUCUACGUGGGCAACUCGGGAACCACAAAUUACAGAAACGCCUAUCGUAGCCCACCAGGCAUCCCCACUGGUUUCUCCACCAGCAGAAUUUCCAUCUUCUCUGGCGUGCCUGAUUUUGUAUUGCCUAUUGGACAGGCUUCGUAUAAGUCGAACAUCACACAACAAAUUGAGUAUCUGCCAGUCAGUGUCGAUAUUUUGGCGGCAAAGGGUUGUGAUGGCAUGAUCUUUGGUCUUGUCCAAGAUUUUAUUAAGGCUGGGAUAAUAAACGCGACGAAGGCUGGAUAUAGCGGUGUCACCGGCGAAAAGAUUCUUUUCUAG